CCUUAGACAGAGAGCUCUCACCCCUAGGAGUGGACAAUGCACUGCCGCUGUCUGGCUGAGGGUAUCCCCCCAGUCCCCAGCUCCUACUGGAUCUCAGGUCUGGCCUUCCCAGACUGGGCUUACAAGGCAGAGUCAUCCCCAGGCUCCCGGCAGAUCCAACUGUGGCAUUUCAUCUUGGAGCUACUUCAGAAAGAGGAGUUCCACCAUGUCAUUGCCUGGCAGCAGGGAGAGUAUGGGGAGUUUGUCAUCAAGGACCCAGAUGAAGUGGCUCGUCUCUGGGGCCGAAGAAAAUGCAAACCCCAGAUGAACUAUGACAAGCUGAGCCGAGCCCUCAGAUAUUACUACAACAAGAGAAUCCUGCACAAGACCAAGGGCAAGAGGUUCACUUAUAAGUUCAACUUUAGCAAACUCAUUGUGGUCAACUAUCCACUGUGGGACAUGCGGCCCCCACCCCCACCCCCUCUGUUGCUGGGGACCCCAGGCAUGUAUGGUCCAGCCUUGGUGCCCAUCGGCAUGCAGAAUGAGCUCCUCCACACUGUUCUGUUCACCCAUCGGGCAAUUAUGGAACAACUGGCUGGGCAGCGGAGUCCACAAAGCCCCCUAGACCCCACUGGGGAUAAGAAGGGAAGCAGCAAUGUUGACCAUCGUCUUGCUUCUCCCCAAGCUCCUUGUCUGCUGAGCCCCUGCUACCAUUUCCAGAAUGUCCGGAAUGAACUCCCACCUCUCGCAGCUUUUCCCCCUCCUCUCUCAACUCCCCUUCCAAAUGACUGGCCACGAUUCUCAGGGCCCUUUCUCCCCACUACCCUACCAGAGCAGCAGACCCCUGGGCCCUCUAAGACUGAUCCACUAUUUGCUGCAAUGGGAUUACCCACUGGUGGAAAGGUUUUCCCAGGGUUUCCCCUGCUGCCUGGGAUGGGAUCUGGGGCAGGAGAUAGGUUGAGGUUUCUAUCCCUGAGAUCUGAGGAGACUGAUGUAAAGCAGGAUCUGGGGGUAGGAGGGAAAGGAUGCCAGGGUCCUGGGCUAGAUUUCCCUUCUGAAGUACCUAGACUCAAAGCUAGGGAGAAAAAUCAUGCAUCCCCAUGUGUGGAGACCUUCAAAGCUAUGUGGUCUUUGGAUCCUCCUUAACUGGGAGGUGAAAGAUGAAGCUUUUCAAACCCCAGGAUUUUGCUCUGUCCCUCCUUUACUAUCUCACUUUCUUCCUGGGUCUGCCUCACCCCAGCCCAACCCCACACCGAUUCAACCUCACAUAGGCACUGAACAUGGGUUUAAAUUGAAGUAGAAGGGAUUAAAGUCAAGCCUAAAGAAGGGGAAAUGAUGAAAUAUAAUGGGGAUCCCAGGUGGGAGGGCAAAGGUUUGAGGAUAGAUAGCAGUGAGGGCCAAGAUCCCUCUCUUCAUCAAAUGGGGUGGGACCACUGAGACAGACUAUCUCUGAUCCUUCAGCCAAAGAGCUCAUCAGUUCAAGAGGCCUGGCUUAUUCAAACUCCUCCCACCCUCUCCACCCCUUAUCUCAUGGUCUAUGUGUGGGAGAAGGAGGGGAUAGGAGGAGGUUCCUCUACAAGAAACUCCCCAGUUUUCCAACAUUCUCUCAAAGGGUUAAUCAAAAGGUUAAGAUUAGGUUGGGGAGGGAGGAGGGACCCUAGAUGUUCCCAAUUUUGCAGUCAACUCAUUCUUAUCCUGUCAUAAGAGUGACUAAGGCCUCCCCAUUUCCCCAACCCUAGCAUGUUUCCACGUUUCUUUAGCUCCUUCUCAAUGUCCUCCCUUUCCAUUAAGUGCAGUGGCUCUAGGGUCUCUGGUUCUAAAUGGACAAAUUCCCGUCUGCCCCUGGACCUCUUCUAAGCUGUCACCCACCCCACUGUGGUGAAUAAAAUGCUUUUGACUCA